AAAAAAAAUUUUCCUGGAAAAUUCGUAUGAAGAAAAAAAACCUCUAAUUAUCCUCUUCGAUAGAAAGAGAAAAACUGGAGAGAGAGUCUCUGAGGGAGAGAAGUUUUGAACUCUGAAAUGGUCUGAUAUAGCUCAAGCUUGAAGUUCCAGUUCACAGAGUUCGAAUUAAAAUCACCGAAAUAAAUGGCAAUCGGCGGCGUAAUUUCUAACCGAAAUUUCGGCUCCUUUAUAGGCUCUGGAAAAGUGUGUCAAACAGAGCCAGCUACUGCACAAAACAAAGAAGGGCGUUUGAGCUUUUCUGUUGCCAGACAUGUGAGGGAAAACAAGUUCUACAAAAGGCUUUUUAUGCAAAUGGAGAACUACUCAAUAUCUAGAUAUUCGCAUUUUCCGUGUCUUCGUGUUGUCGGUUCUCCAGAUGGGAAAGCUCUGAAAUCAAUAGCAACAUUCCAUGUUGAAGGGGCGUGUUGCCUUCCAAUGUCACUUCAAUCUGGUGACAAGUUUUGGAGUGUCAACCCUAGGAGAAGAAUUCAAGGAAUAUGUGAAUGCUGUCUUUCUUCGAAUCCCUCUCUUAGCAGUUGGAUUCAACCAAGUAAGUGGGCUAGGCUUGGUAUUAGUGACAGCCAGUCCCAGUCGUCUGAGCAUGUUAGGUUUGGUAGAACUCGUUCAGCAUACAAAUCCAAGGAGUAUGACAUAAAGGGAGCUGAUGUGGACUCAUUAAAGUCUUCAGAAGGGGCAGGUGAAGUCAUUUUAGCAGAAGAAAAUUUGCAGAGUGUUUCUCCAUGGUGGCAGCAGUUUCCAAAGCGCUGGGUUAUUGUCCUGCUUUGUUUUGCUGCAUUUCUAUUAUGCAACAUGGACCGUGUGAACAUGAGCAUUGCGAUUCUUCCAAUGUCACAGGAGUUUAACUGGAACAGUGCAACAGUUGGUCUAAUUCAGUCUUCCUUUUUCUGGGGCUAUCUACUCACUCAGAUUCUUGGAGGCAUAUGGGCAGAUAAACUUGGUGGGAAGCUAGUAUUGGGUUUCGGAGUAAUCUGGUGGUCAGUGGCAACAGUUUUGACACCUAUUGCUGCAAGAAUUGGACUUCCUUUCUUACUUACAAUGCGUGCUUUUAUGGGGAUUGGAGAGGGUGUUGCUAUGCCUGCUAUGAAUAAUAUACUUUCAAAGUGGAUUCCAGUUUCAGAGAGAAGCAGAUCACUAGCACUGGUAUAUAGUGGAAUGUAUCUUGGUUCAGUCACUGGUUUAGCUGUCUCUCCUGCUCUAAUCCAAAAGUUUGGAUGGCCUUCUGUUUUCUACUCAUUUGGCUCUCUUGGAAGUAUCUGGUUUGCAUUAUGGUUGAGUAAAGCAUAUAGCUCACCAGCAGAAGAUCCAGAACUUAGUGAAGAGGAAAAAAAGGUUAUUUUAGGAGGCAGCACAUCAAAGGAACCUGUUUCAUCCAUUCCGUGGAAACUAAUUUUGUCGAAGGCACCGGUUUGGGCUCUCAUAAUCUCCCAUUUCUGCCAUAACUGGGGAACUUUUAUUCUUCUAACAUGGAUGCCUACAUACUAUAAUCAGGUGUUGAAGUUCAAUCUCACAGAAUCUGGGCUAUUGUGUGUUUUGCCAUGGUUGACCAUGGCUGUGUUUGCAAACAUUGGAGGUUGGAUAGCAGAUACACUUGUCAGCAAAGGUCUUUCCAUAACAUCAGUUCGUAAGAUCAUGCAAUCGAUUGGGUUUCUGGGACCAGCCUUCUUUCUGACACAGUUGGGCAAUGUUAGAACACCCACUUUAGCAGUGCUAUGCAUGGCUUGCAGUCAGGGGUCAGACGCAUUCUCACAGUCUGGACUCUAUUCCAAUCACCAAGACAUUGGGCCACGUUAUGCUGGAGUACUGUUGGGACUCUCAAAUACAGCAGGAGUGCUAGCAGGUGUUUUUGGUACUGCAGCAACUGGUUACAUACUCCAACGAGGCUCUUGGGGCGACGUAUUUAAGGUGGCUGUCGUAUUGUACAUCAUUGGCACAUUAGUCUGGAACUUAUUUGCAACUGGAGAGAAAAUUCUGGACUAGGUAUGCAAGAAAAGAGGAAUAAUAGUCUAUAAAGCAAAAAAAGAUAAAAUUACAAAAAGAUGGGAGUAGAGGAACACAUUGCAGAGCUGAAUUGGGUGGGAAUAAAACAAGCCUAAUAUACCCCUUUUCACCUUCCUCUUACCAACUGGGCUCAGAGAUGGUUGUUGCAGGUGACUUCUCCGGUUGGCUUUAAGAAUCACUUUCUUAAGUUCUUACAAGUUAACUGUCUUUUUACUUACAUUAAUAGAUGUUUUCUUUUCAGACAAGGGUAAUUUGCACCCUAGAAUCUUGAACCUUUCUCUUCACUCUUGCUCUGCUUUAAAGUAUGUAUCAUCUGUCUAAAAACACCUCAGAUAAACCUCAACAUCACUAUAAUAGAUGAUAUUUACAUCUACUUGGGCAUUUCUGCUCCUGGUUUGGUUCUUUUCUCA